AUGAAUCCCUUGCAAAUGACUGCGUUGCGUAGCGAAUUUGGACACAAGCAACUGGUGUGUCGCAUCGCGUACAUCGCAGUUCUGGUUCUCGCGAUGGCCUUCCUGGCAGCCUGCAUCAUCCUCAUAUUCGUCUAUUUCAGCAGCAUCGGUGUGCUCAUGAGCUACCUGGAAGCCCACAACGGGAGCGCAGAGGAGACGAGUUCCAUCCAAAAUGGAAACGACACUGUUGAGGCGGUAAAAAAUUUCUCCGUAUACGUGACCGAUGCAAGUACUUCGGUUGAAGCCUUAGUGAACGGCAUGACCGAUCUUUGCAGUAAAAUGGAUAACGCGAGUGAGGAAUUUAAGACUGCAUUUACAAACGUUCCAAAUUGCAGCAACGGGACGGAAUGCUAUAAGUUAAAAGUAGCAACAGAAAAUCUACACUGUCCAAUGAAUCUCAGUGCAAUCAACACAACAGUAAUAAAUAACUUUACCAAAGAACUUGAAAACAUGGUGACAGAUUUAGAAAAGAAAUUGGCAAAUGUCUCUAAUGCAAUCAACGAUAUUAAAUCGUCUGCAGCAGAUAUGGUUGGCUCGGUUGAGGAAAAACUUGACCUCAAAACGGUGCUCGAUUCGAUCAACAAGUUUUGGAAUGACACCAGUGCACAGGUUAGUGGUGUGACCAAGAAUCUGGAAGACCUCUCCACCUCUGUGGACAAUGGACUUGCACAGUACUCGGGAUACAUUCGCAUCGCGUUCAGCGUAAUCGGAGGUUUCUUCAUAUUGGUGUUGGUCAUCGCAGCCCUCAUUGCUGCGCGUCUUCUUUACCGAGCUUUUCGAGAUCGACUCUACGCUGGCGCUGACACCGUGCUCACAUAUUCACCCGGUAAUAAGUGGGACAAGAUUGUCUGUGGAAAGGGGUCGGUCUGCUGCUGUUCUGCGAUUUUCAUCCCAAUCCUGCUCAUUUUCGCCGCCAUUAUUACAGUGCUGCUAUUCGCGUUGACGUCGGUAUCAGGUUUGUUUACGACUCUUUAA